AUGAAUUAUCAGAUAACAGACCAACUUAGUGGUCGCUUUUCCUCUGCGUUGUCCUUGCCGCAAAUUUGUGAAAAUUUUGUAAAAGCAGCCCAUGAUCCUCGCAUUUCUUGUAUAUAUCUUCAUAUAGAGCCACUAAAUUGUGGGUGGGGCAAAAUUGAGGAAAUAAGAAGGCACAUAUUGAACUUCAAGAAGUCAGGUAAAUUCACAGUAUGUUACAUUCCAAUUUGCAGAGAGAAAGAAUAUUAUCUUGGUUGUGCAUGCAGAGAAGUGUACACACCACCUAGUGCUUAUGUCUCAUUGUUUGGUUUGACCGUGCAAGCAUCAUUCCUUCGAGGUGUUCUUGAAAAAGUUGGAGUUGAGCCACAGAUUCAGCGAAUAGGCAAAUAUAAAAGUGCUGGUGAUCAGUUGGCACGAAAAAGCAUGUCAAAAGAAAAUUGUGAAAUGCUGACAUCGCUGCUUGAUGAUAUAUAUGGAAAUUGGCUAGAAACAAUUUCAUCAACUCAAGGAAAGAAGAUUGAGGAGGUUGAGGAAUUUAUCAAUUCAGGUGUUUAUCAAGUUGAAAGGCUUAAAGAAAAUGGAUGGAUAACAAAUACUCUAUAUGAAGAUGAGGUUUUUUCAAUGCUGAAGGACAGAUUGGAGCAGAAGAAGAGGAAAAGUCUUCUUAUGGUUGAUUAUGGCAAAUACUCUCGAGUUAGAAAAUGGACGCUUGGACUGGAAAGCGGAGUUGAUCGAAUUGCUAUAAUUAGAGCUUCUGGAGCCAUUAGCCGCACUAAAAUUCCGUUAAGCUUACCUGGAAGCGGCAUCAUUGGGGAGCAGCUGAUUGAGAAGAUCCGAAGUAUUAGAGAUUCAAAGAAGUAUAAGGCUCUUAUUUUGCGUAUUGACAGUCCUGGUGGUGAUGCUUUGGCUUCUGAUCUUAUGUGGAGGGAGAUCAGACUCCUCGCUGCCACUAAGCCAGUUAUUGCAUCAAUGUCGGACGUUGCUGCAAGCGGAGGGUACUAUAUGGCUAUGGCAGCAAAUACUGUGGUUGCAGAGAGUCUUACCUUGACCGGUUCAAUUGGUGUUGAGAGUCUUACCUUGACCGGUAAGUUUAAUCUAAGCAAGUUGUAUGAAACGAUUGGCUUCAAUAAGGAGAUAAUAUCAAGGGGUAAAUAUGCUGAGCUUUUGGCUGCUGAGCAACGCCCUUUUAGGCCCGAUGAAGCUGAAAUCUUUGAAAAUCAUGCAAAGAAUGCUUAUAAGCAAUUCAGGGAUAAAGCAGCUUUUUCCAGAUCGAUGACGGUAGAUGAGAUGGAAGAGGUAGCUCAGGGCAGAGUAUGGACCGGCAAAGCUGCUGCUUCGCUUGGAUUGGUUGAUGCUAUUGGCGGCUUUUCAAGGGCUGUUGCAAUUGCGAAACAAAAGGCUAAUAUACCGCAGGAUUGGCAGGUGAGGUUGGUUGAGAUAACAAGGCCCUCACCAUCCCUACCAGAACUAUUAAGCAGCAUUGGAAGCUCCAUAUUUGGGUUGGAGAGAACGGUGAAGGAAAUGUUGCAGGAAGUGAGUUCAUUUGGUUCUGUUCAGGCGAGGAUGGAAGGCCUACUGUUCGAGAGGCUGGAAAAGCCUGACGAUGCUAAUCCAAUUCUCUCCCUCUUGAAGGAUUAUUUCAACUCUUUCUAAUGCUAAAGCUGUUUCAUCUCAUAUUUUGGUCUUCCCACAGGUCAGUAAAAUAUAUAAAGAAUCAUAGAAAUAUCGGUGCUCACUGUAGAAGUUGUAUGUUACCACAUAAGGGUCACAGUUUUUGGCAAUUACUAUUUUGUUAAAUUUAAUGCAGAAUAAAUUUAUCCGAGAGUAGCAUUAUGGAUAGGUUGUGUCAAGAUACAUAAAAUACUU